AAAGUCAGAUAAAUUGGGAAAAAAUACUAACAUAUGAUUGGCCCGUCGCACCGGUACGUAGGCCGAUUGUCGAUUCCAGUCAUACGAUCUGUCAUCAUCCUUCGUACAAUGCAAAAAGGGAAGUUGAAAGUGGGAGAUCACAGAGCCUUAUGAAAUUUAACGUUACGGUAGCUUGCUGGGUAAUCGACACACUGGACAGACACUGACGUGCAACAAAGAUUGUCCUGGAGACACCAUUCACAAUAACUAGGUUCCUCUUUUUGGUAUUUUCUACAGUUAUUCACAGUACCUCAGCGUCCAGAGGACGAGACCGGGCAGUGUGACAUGGCAAGUAGAGGCGGAGCUACGCGACCCAAUGGGCCAAACGCAGGCAACAAGAUCUGCCAGUUCAAACUUGUGCUCUUAGGAGAGUCAGCUGUGGGGAAGUCGAGUCUCGUACUUCGUUUUGUCAAGGGACAGUUCCACGAAUUCCAAGAGAGCACAAUCGGAGCUGCCUUCCUGACUCAGACAGUAUGUUUGGAUGACACAACAGUCAAGUUUGAAAUCUGGGACACAGCUGGUCAGGAGCGCUACCACAGUCUGGCCCCAAUGUACUACCGAGGUGCCCAGGCAGCCAUUGUGGUGUAUGAUAUAACAAAUGAGGAGUCAUUUGUACGGGCAAAGAACUGGGUUAAAGAGCUGCAGAGACAAGCCAGUCCAAAUAUUGUAAUAGCGCUGGCUGGGAACAAGGCUGACCUCGCAAACAAGAGAGCACUGGACUUCCAGGAUGCACAGUCAUACGCAGAUGAUAACAGCUUGCUUUUUAUGGAAACCUCAGCAAAGACCUCUAUGAACGUCAACGAGAUAUUCAUGGCCAUUGCAAAGAAGCUACCCAAGAAUGAGCCUCAAGCGACCGGAGCCAGCAGCGGGCGGAACCGGGGAGUGGACCUGACGGAGACGGCUCAGCCCACCAGCCGUUCCUGCUGCAGUAACUAACCCGGUUCUCCCUGCUCAUCCAUCCACACCCCCAUCCCCCUCCCAACUGAACAUCUGGACACCGGGCUCCUUGGCUUCCUGACGUCAGACCUGACCGUCAACCUCACUCCCCUGGAAUAGCUAAAAGACUCUGUAUAGCUGCAUUUCUAAUACCUAUUUUUUUUUUGGUUGAUGUUCUUUUGUUUCUUCUUUUUUUUUUUUUUUUUUACUUUUUUUUUUUAAGAAGUGUAUAUCAGUAUAAUGGAUGCAUGUAUCACUACAACGCCUAAAACACUUUUUAUCUAAUUCAGUUCGAAGACUAACCCCAAUUAAGAAAGAUGAGCAUGCGAGAAACCUG